UCAAAACGUCAACGACUUUUAAUAGCUUAUCAUCUUAAGGUCUGGUUAGCGUUGCUCCGUACAGCUAAUCUCUUUCCAUCACUAUGAAUUCAUCUCUUCAUACGUCACCCGUAGCAACAUUGGAAAAGCUAGCAUCUGAGCUCGGCUGCAGCAUAGUCGAUGAGAAACUGGCUAUUCACUUGGACAAUGAAGAUGAAUUAAAGCAUCUUAAACAAUGUUUUCACAUUCCAGCGAAAAAGGAUUUGCCAGCAAUGGAGAAAUCUCUUACUAACGAAGAAGACAAUUGCAUAUACUUCUGUGGCAACUCCCUUGGGCUUCAACCAAAGAAGGUCAAACCCUAUAUUGAGGAAGAACUGGACAAAUGGGCAAAACUGGGAGUCCAUGGCCAUUUCAUCGGUACGCGUCCGUGGGCACUGGGUGAUGAAUGUAUUGUGGAUCUCAUGGCAAAAAUUGUUGGUGCCAGAACCGGAGAGGUGGCAUUAAUGAAUGGACUGACGGUUAAUUUGCAUCUUCAGAUGCUGUCCUUUUACAAGCCGACAAAAGCUCGCCAUAAGAUCCUGCUGGAGGCCAAAGCGUUUCCUUCUGACCAUUACGCGGUGGAGUCGCAGAUUCAGUUUCAUGGACUCGAUGUGGAAUCCAGCAUGCUGUUAGUGCAUCCCCACAAGGGGGAACAAACACUGAGGACGGAGGAUAUUCUGUCAGUUAUUGACAAGGAAGGUGAUUCAAUUGCCCUCAUUUUAUUUUCUGGCGUUCAGUAUUAUACAGGACAGCUAUUUGACAUCCCCAAAAUAACAGAGGCCGGUCACAGAAAGGGAUGUUAUGUUGGCUUUGACUUGGCCCAUGCUGUUGGUAACGUUGAACUGCACUUACAUGACUGGGAUGUGGACUUUGCCUGCUGGUGUUCCUAUAAGUAUCUUAAUUCUGGAGCAGGUGGAUUGGCUGGAGCUUUCAUCCAUGAGAAACUUUCCAGUGCUAUCAAACCAGCGUUGGUUGGCUGGUGGGGUCACGAGUUCAAAUCCAGAUUUAGCAUGGAAAACAAGCUAAAAUUAAGCCAGGGAGUUGAUGGAUUUCGUUUGUCUAACCCACCUAUGCUACUGGUCAGUUCCCUGCAUGCAAGUUUAGAGGUUUUCAAUCAAACCAGCAUGGAGGCCUUAAGAAAGAAGUCUGUUUUACUGACCGGCUAUUUGGAGUAUUUAAUUAAGCAUUAUUACAGUGAAAACAUUGCUGAACCCAAGAAACCUUAUGCAAAAAUAAUCACGCCUUCUGGCAUUGAAGAGCGGGGCUGUCAGCUCUCCCUGACUUUCACGUUGCCCAUAAAAGCUGUUUAUGAGGAGCUGGAAAAAAAAGGAGUCGCGUGUGAUAUGCGGGAGCCCGAUGGUUUAAGGGUAGCACCAGUACCGCUCUACAACUCUUUCCAUGAUGUCUUCAAAUUUGUUCAAAUUCUUGGAGAAUCUUUGGAUGCUGUUUGGAAAUCAGCAUAGCCGAAUGAA